CAUGUGGUCACAUUUCGUGUCUAACAUUGAACAGUUGUCGAAUAACAGUGACCUCAUUGUUUGUUCGUGUGUGGGUUUGGUUUUCAGAAAGUUUCAGCCAGAGUAUCGUGAGAACGAAAAAAGCAGGAUGAAGUUCGAACAGUUCGUAACGGCAGCGCUGGCGCUCGUUUCAGUGUGCUCUCGCACUGACGGAUUGGCGGAGGAUCGAUACAGAGCCAACAGAAAGCGUGCAACAGAUUCGCAAGUCGAGGCCGCUCCUGCUACUCGCCGGUACGUGCCAGGCGACGCGGAAAGGAGGAAAAGAGGAUUCUCCCCAAGGACCGGUUUGGACGAUCCGUUUCAGGGAUUCGACACAUCAAUAUGGAAACCUCCAGUGUACCAGCUGAGUAGGCCCUACUAUAUCCCCCUUUACGGCGCUCCAGGAAAGACUCCUGUAUACUUUCCCCCACAACCACUAAAUAUCAAUCCUGGAUUUCCUCCAGACAACCCAAUGAAACCCCCAUUCCGGGGCCCUCCUUACCUGCCUCCAAAACCAUCGACACCAACGACAGAAAAACCAAAGAAUACCACAAUGAAAGUAUUCAAUAGAAACCAAUAUGACGAUGAUGAUGAUGAAAGGCCUGUUUGGGGAGGUGACGAUACAAAAAAUUCUGCAGAAGUAGUGCCAACGAGACCACCUAGACCGCCAGGUCUACCCGAAUUUCCUCCUCUAAUCCACUCUAUAAGCGAUAAUGAGGUCAAUAAGCUGGCAGCUGAUGACGACGAAAAAGAUGUUCCUUUCAAUCCUUCCCCAACCACAAGAAGGGUGCCAACUACAAGAAGGGUGCCAACCACAACCACACGUCCUCCAGCUGCGCUGGUUCCUGGACCCAGUAAUUGCGUUUGGGCUGUAGUUGCUUGUUGUUCUACUGCCUCGAAUACAGUGCCUGACUAUUGUUUUGAACAGAGAGGAUGUCCUGGUCCGUUCUGGGAUAGAAGUCCUUGUGAAAGUGAUUUCGCUAAAGCUGCCAUCGCUACAGCUUUGAAUUAUUACAACUGAGAUGAAUAUUAAAGCAUGCGUGAUGUAAGAAUGUUGAAUUCCUAGACAGCUUCAUUCGAUAAUUCACUUUUUCCAUGACUUCCACAUAACACAGAGUACACGUGUGUUUUUCGAAAGAAAUGGAUCCUGUGAGAGAUGAAAAUUGUAACGGGAAGUUUCGCGAAAGGUGCUUUGAUAUUUAUGGUAACUGAAGUUGCUAUUUGUAUCCUCAGUUCACUUACCUUCAGAUCAGAACAGUAAACUACUGCCUUCGAUGUCUAUUAUUAAUAAAGAGGUCAAUAUGAGCAAGUUUUCUUGAAUACCAUUGUAACUUCAGAUUAUUUCAAAUAUAAGUGUGUUUUACAUUUUCAUAUGAAAUUGAAAGAAUAUGAAAUUUUCAAAACUGAAAUGGUAUUAUUACUCAUAGUCUUAGUCUAUGGCUUAGGAUAAAUGUAGCAUUUAAUACCUAAAAACAUCAUAUAUACUUUGUUUGUACGUUUCAAUUUCAUUAAAAAACAUUCGAGAUAUUGCUGGCAGUCAUCUUAUCACAAAUGAUAUAUUCAUCAACUUUAUUUAAGGUAGCUUUAGAUGAAUCCUUGCGUAGAAGGUGUUUUGUUAUGAAGACCAUAGUAUUUAUUUUAUAUCCACUAGUGAUGUAUUAUAUGAUUAGUUUUUGUACUAUUUCAGUUAGGAUUUUUUUUCCAAACAUUUUUUUGUUAAUAUUAGCUAGAUUAUUAAAAUUAUUUAUUCAUUCA